CGCCCCUCCGGGGAGGGACCCCGUGCCACCGCCCGCACUCCGGGCUCCCCGCGCCCCGCCGCCCGCACUCGGGGCUCCCCGCGCCGCCGCUCGCUUCCCGCCGCCGCUCCGAGCGACCCCCGCGCGCGCGCCGCCAUGAACUCGCUGUUCAGGAAGAGAAACAAAGGCAAAUACAGCCCCUCCGUGCAGACCCGCAGCAUCUCCAACAAGGAGCUCUCGGAGCUGAUCGAGCAGCUGCAGAAGAAUGCAGACCAGGUGGAAAAGAACAUUGUGGACACGGAGGCCAAGAUGCAGAGUGACUUGGGCCGGCUGCAGGAGGGACGGCAGCCAGAACACCAGGAUGUGGCACUACAGAAGACAUCCGACUCGGAGAAGCUGCUUUAUGUGCUGGAGGCCGACUCGGCCAUCGCCAAGCAUAUGCGGCACCCGCAGGGGGACAUGAUUGCUGAGGACAUCCGCCAGCUAAAAGAGCGAGUAGCCAAUCUCCGCAAGAAACACAAGCAGAUCUACAGCCUGGCGGUGAAGGAGAUGGACCCCCAGGUCAACUGGGCGUCACUGGUGGAAGAGAAGCUGGACAAGCUGAGUGGCCAGGGUUUUGGGACGGAGCUGCCGCUGGUAGACAGCCAGGUGGAACAGCACAACAUCUUCCACAACGAGGUCAAGGCCAUCGGGGCCCACCUGGCUAAGGAUGGGGACAAGGAACAGAACAGCGAGCUGCAGGCCAAGUACCAGAAGCUGCUGGCUGCGUCCCAGGCCCGACAGCAACACCUGAGCUCGCUGCAGGAUUACAUGCAGCGCUGCACCAAUGAGUUGUACUGGCUGGACCAGCAGGCCAAGGCCCGCGUGCAGUACGACUGGAGUGAUCGCAACCUGGACUUCCCCAGCCGCCGGCGCCAGUAUGAGAAUUUUAUCAACCGGAAUCUGGAGGCCAAAGAAGAGAGAAUCAACAAGCUGCACAGUGAGGGAGAUCAACUACUGGCAGCUGACCACCCGGGGAGGAACUCCAUUGAGGCCCACAUGGAAGCCGUUCAUGCAGACUGGAAGGAGUACCUGAACCUGCUCAUCUGCGAAGAGAGUCACCUGAAGUACAUGGAGGAUUACCAUCAGUUCCACAAAGACUUGAAGGACGCUCAAGAGCUGCUGCGCAAGGUGGACUCGGACCUCAACCAGAAAUACAGCCCCGACUUCAAGGACCGAUACCAGAUCGAGCUUCUGCUGCGUGAGCUGGACGACCAGGAGAAGGCCCUGGACAAAUACGAGGAUGUGGUGCGGGGGCUGCAGAGGCGCGGGCAGCAGGUGGUGCCGCUCAAAUUCCGCCGGGAGACACCCCUCAAGCCCAUCCCUGUGGAGGCGCUCUGUGACUUUGAGGGUGACCAGGGCUUGAUCUCCCGUGGCUAUAGCUACACCUUGCAGAAGAACAACGGGGAGAGCUGGGAACUAACAGAUAGCGCUGGGAACAAGCUGACUGCCCCCGCCGUGUGCUUCAUCAUCCCUCCCACUGACCCAGAGGCCCUGGCUCUGGCUGACAGCUUGGGCAGUCAGUACCGAAGUGUGCGACAGAAGGCGGCAGGAAGCAAGCGCACCCUGCAGCAGCGGCACGAGGUGCUGAGGACGGAGAACCCUGGAGAUGCCUCUGACCUGCAGGGACGGCAGCUGCUGGCCAGCUUGGACAAGGUGGCCAGUGACUUGGACAGACAGGAGAAAGCCGUCACGGGGAUCCUGCGGCCACCCUUGGAGCAGGGACGGGCUGUGCAGGACAGUGCUGAGCGGUCCAAGGACCUCAAGAACAUCACCAACGAGGUGUUGCGGAUGGAGGCGGAGAAGGCCCGGAGCACAGCCGAGUGCGAGGCGUUCGCCCAGGCACUCCCCGGCAGUGGCACAGCACCCUUGCUGAGGAGCCGGGUGGAGAACAUUAAUCGGAAAUACGAGCGCCUGGUGCAGCUGCUCAACUCGGCCCAGGAGAAGGUGGACACAGCCAACCGCCUUGAGAAGAGCCUGCAGCAGGGCCGGGAGCUGCUGGCCUCCCACGAGACCUGGCUGAUCCAGGACGAAACAGUGCCAGAGAGCCAGAACAUUCUGGACAGCAAGAGGCAGGAGCUGGAGGCCAUGGCCUCUGAGCUGCAGGCCCAGAAGUCCCUCCUGGGUGAGGUGGAGCAGAACCUGCAGGCCGUCAAGCAGUGCUCAAACUCCCUGGCCAGCCGCUUCCAGGAGCACUGUCCAGAUCUGGAGCGCCAGGAGGCUGAGGUGCACAAGCUGUGCCAGCGCUUCGACAACCUGUGCCAGCAGGUGGAGCGCAGGGCCCAGAGCCUGCAGAGUGCCAGGGCUGCCUACGACGAAUAUCGCCGUGGCUAUGACCAUGUGCUCCAGUUCUUGUCCAACACCCCCAGCUACGAACCCCAGGAGACUGACAGCCUCAGCCAGGUGGAGACCAAGCUGAAGAACCAGAAGAACCUGCUUGAUGAGCUAGCAAGCAGGGAACAGGAGGUUCAGGAAGUCUACACCAAUUCCCAGCAGUAUCAGCAGGCUGUGAAGGACUAUGAGCUGGAGGCAGAGAAGCUACGGUCCCUCCUUGACUUGGAGAAUGGAAGGAACAGCCACACGGGCAAGCGAGCCAGGCUGCAGUCUCCAGCUGCCAAAGUGAAGGAGGAGGAAGCCACUCUGGCUGCCAAGUUCACAGAAGUUAACGCCAUCAACAGGCAGAGGCUGCAGAACCUGGAGUUUGCGCUCCAUCUCCUGAGACAGCAGCCAGAAGCAGAAGUGACCCAGGAGACUCUGCAAGGGAGCAGGCCAGGCUCCGGCGUGGAGGAGCCGUGGAAGAUCAAGAAGGAACUGGAGGAGGAGAUGGAGAGGAGGCAACAGCUCGAGAAAGAGGUCAGGAGCGCCCAGGAGGAAAUCCGGGCCCUGCAGAACCAGGGGCCACAGGAGUCCCUGGUGCGGAAAGAGGUGCUCAAGAAGGUGCCAGACCCCGAGCUGGAGGAGAGCUUCCAGAAGCUUCAGCAGACCUUGGCUGAAGAGCAGCACAAGAACCAGCUGCUGCAAGAGGAGCUGGAGGCCCUGCAGGCGCGGCUGAAGGCCCUGGAGCAUGAGAUGCGCGACGGAGGCCAGGAGUACGUGGUGAAGGAAGUCCUGCGCAUCGAGCCCGACAAGACACAGGCAGAUGAGGUCCUGCAGCUGCGGGAGGAGCUAGAGGUGCUGCGACGGCAGAAGGGCGCCCGGGAGGCCGAGGUGCUCCUCCUGCAGCAGCGUGUGGCUGCCCUGGCUGCUGAGAAGAGCCAGGUGCAAGAGAAGGUCAUAGAGAAGGAGGUAGUGAAGCUGCAGAAUGAUCCAGAGCUGGAGGCCGAGCACCGGCGGCUGCAGGAAGAGAGCCAGCAGGAAGGUCGGCUCCGGGAGAAGCAUGAGGAGGAGUUGAGCUUCCUGCAGGCCAAGCUCAGGCGGUUGGAGAAGGAGCGGGCCAUGGCCGAGGGCAAGAUCACCGUCAAGGAGGUGCUCAAGGUGGAGAAGGACGUGGCUGCCGAGAGGGAGGUCAGUGAGCUCACCCACCAGUAUGAGGAUGAGGCGGCCAAGGCUCGCGCUGGCCAGCGGGAGAAGACGGAGCUGCUCCGGAAGAUCUGGGCCUUAGAGGAGGAGAAUGCCAAAGUGGUGGUGCAGGAGAAAGUCAGGGAGAUUGUGCGGCCGGACCCCAAGGCUGAGAGCGAAGUAGCUAACCUUCGCUUGGAGCUGGUGGAACAGGAGCGCAGGUACAGGGGUGCUGAGGAGCAGCUCAAGAGCUACCAGAGCGAGCUGGAGGCCCUGCGGAGGCGUGGCCCCCAGGUGGAAGUGAAGGAAGUGACCAAGGAAGUGAUCAAGUACACCACAGACCCCGAGACAGAGAAGGAGCUCCAGCGGCUCAGGGAGGAGAUCGUGGACAAGACCAGACUGAUCGAAAGGUGUGAUCUGGAGAUCUACCAGCUCAAGCAAGAGAUCCAGUCUCUGAAAGACACCAAGCCACAGGUCCAGACCAGAGAAGUGGUCCAGGAGAUCCUCCAGUUCCAGGAAGAUCCUCAAACCAAGGAAGAGGUGGAGUCUCUACGCAUGAAGCUGUCCGAAGAGCAGAAGAAGCAGGUAGAUCUACAGGCAGAGCAGGUGAUCCAGGAGGAGAAGAUCAGGAACAAGGAGGAAGAGCUAGCACAGGGGAAGGAGAGAGUAGUACGCCAGGAGGUGGUACAGUACGAGGAGGAGCCGGACCUGCGGGCCGAGGUGAGUGCCUUCACUGACAGCAUCGAUGCUGAGCUGCGGCAGAUUGACAAGUUGCGGGCUGAGCUCCGUCGGCUCCAGCGCCGGCGCGGGGAGCUGGAGCGGCAGCUGGAGGAGCUGGAGCGGGAGAGGCAGGCGCGCAGGGCAGCCGAGCUGGAGGUGCAGUGCCUGCAGCAGCGGCUGGCAGUGUUGGAACAGAAGGAGGCUGAGGCGGAGGCUGGAGAGAAGGUGACCCGCACGCAGAAGGUGGUCCUGCAGCCGGACCCGCAGCAGACCCGGGAGCAUGCCCUGCUUCAAGCCCAGCUCGACGAGGAGCGGCAUAGGAGGCAGCUGCUGGAAGGUGAGCUUGAGCCCUUGCGUAGAAAGCUGGCCACCCUGGAGAAGGCGGAGAUCAAGGAGAAGGUGGUAGUCUCUGAGAGUAUCCAGGUGGACAAGGGCGACACAGAGCAGGAGAUCCAGAAGCUCCGGAAGAGCCUGGAGGAGGAGAGCCGGAGCAAGAGAGAGCUGGAUACUGAGGUGACUCGACUGGAAGCCAAGCUGUCGGAACUAGAAUUCUACAACUCCAAGUCAUCCAAAGAACUUGACUUCCUCAGGGAAGAGAACCACAAAUUGCAGCUGGAGCGGCAAAACCUGCAGUUGGAGACCCGGAGACUCCAGUCAGAAAUUGAAAUGGUGGGGACAGAGACCCGAGAUCUGCAAAAGAUGACCUCCGUGGAUGCCGGCACCAACCAGGACUCCAGACUGUGGUCCCUGGAGAGGGAGCUGGAUGAACUCAAGAGGCUGUCCAAGGACAAGGACCUGGAGAUUGAUGAGCUGCAGAGACGCCUGGGCUCGGUGGCCGUCAAGAGGGAGCAGCGGGAGAAUCACCUGCGGCGCUCCAUCGUGGUCAUCGACCCAGACACAGGGCGAGAGCUGUCCCCAGAGGAGGCCCGCCGGGCAGGGCUCAUCGACUGGAACAUGUUCGUGAAACUUAGAAGCCAAGAGUGUGACUGGGAGGAGAUAUCGGUGAAAGGCCCCAACGGGGAGUCCUCAGUGAUCCAUGAUCGCAAGUCUGGUAAGAAGUUCUCCAUUGAGGAUGCCCUGCGGAGCGGCCGGCUGACCCCUGCUCAGUAUGACCGCUAUGUCAACAAAGAUAUGUCCAUUCAGGAGCUGGCGGUUCUGGUGUCUGGGCAGAAGUAGGCCCUGCCCCGUCUGGGAUUCCAACCCAGUGACCUCCUGCUGUCUCUGCCCUCCUGGGAAGCUCGGAGAACAGCUCAUAUGUGAGCAGAAAGGGCGUUAGCCUAGUCAAAAGUGACUCUUGUCUCAGCCUCACUUGAACUGUGGGAGACUCCUCUAACAUCCCACCACACCCUUGUUUCUCCUUUCCUGUGUCCUGUCAUCCAGAUGCCUUGUGUGGUUAGAAAAAAUCUGGGAAUGACCAUGUAUAGCCCACUCCAGGUAGCAGGAACCUUGGCACAACAGAUGGCAAUAUGGAAGGCUGAAGGCUUCCUUUCCACCUCUCUGUUCUCCAGCCCCGGCUGUAGAUCUACAUUCAUUCAUUCACACCCUCGUGUUCUGGCUGGGCUGCCUCAGCAGUGACUACCCACCACAGAGACCUGAGCUCUCUGCCUAGAACCUAAAACAAGGCUUGGCCUGGGUGCUAGAGUGGCCAUCACUAUCUCCAGGCUAUCCCAGGAAGACAGGCCACACACCAGACUGCUUGGUGCCUCUGGAAUGCAAAGACCUACAAAGCACACAACACCAUGGGUGCUGCUGUCAGCCUUAGGUUCAGUGCCUUCCUUAUACAUCCUGCUCAUUAUGAUCUCAGUGGUAUGGGGGUAUGUGAAACAGUUGAUUACUCACAAAUAAAUAUCUGCUUCUAUUGCAUGUACUAUGGAAGAAUAUGGGAAAGAAUAUGGAGCUGUAUUUAUAGCGUGCAAAUAAAAACCUGGUGGCUUGAUUCUAA